GGUCAAUGUUGUGGGUAUUGAAGGUUUGGGAGCUUUUCCCGGAAGAAACAUUUCGGUUCAACUUGCCAGGAGGAACAUCUCGUGUGACUUGAGGAGCGCUCUCUUCCGGUAGUAUAAAGAUUGCCACGAGUUAGCUCGCCGAGUCGGAGAGUAUCCAUCUUGAAAAGCAGCCUCCGGCACCUUGCUCAAUUUUAAACGGUGAUCACUAUGUCUGACGACGCUGAACAGCAAUUAAUGGAGACGUCCGAAAAUGGAAACGAAGCAGAAGAGUUGAAUGGAGCAGAAGAAUCCACAUUACAGGCCGAGACGGAGGAACAAGACAAACAGAGUUGUGAGGAAGAGGCUGCUGUGGAGGAAGUGGACGCCCAGAACGGAGCGGCAGAAGGGGGACAGAUAAAUGCAAGCAAAGGCGAGGAUGACGCUGGCAAAAUGUUUGUUGGUGGACUUAGCUGGGACACUAGCAAAAAAGACCUGAAAGACUACUUCUCCAAAUUUGGAGAGGUGACAGAUUGUACCAUCAAGAUGGACUCAAACACAGGAAGGUCACGCGGGUUUGGGUUCAUCUUGUUCCAAACGGCAGCAAGUGUAGACAAGGUUCUUGAGCAGAAAGAACACAGGCUAGAUGGACGACAGAUAGACCCAAAGAAGGCUAUGGCAAUGAAGAAGGAACCAGCCAAGAAGAUCUUUGUUGGUGGUCUAAAUCCAGAAGCCACAGAGGAGACCAUCAGAGAAUACUUUGGAACCUUUGGGGAGAUUGAAUCCAUCGAACUCCCAGUGGACCCCAAAUUCAAAAAAAGGAGGGGUUUUAUCUUCAUCACGUUCAAAGAAGAGUCCACUGUUAAAAAAUGCCUUGAGAAAAAAUUCCACAAUGUGUGUGGAACUAAAGUUACAGAUGGAAAGGAAGGUCUUUGUGAGAUCAAAAUCGCCCAGCCCAAAGAGGUGUACCAGCAGCAGCAAUUUGGGGGCCGUGGUGGCGCCAGCUAUGGAGGAGGCCGGGGAGGCAGAGGCCGUGGUGGUGGCCAAAACCAGUAUGGAAACCAGGGUUAUAAUAACUACUGGAACCAGGGCUAUGGCAACCAGGGCUAUGGCAACCAGGGCUAUGGCAACCAGGGCUAUGGCAACCAGGGCUAUGGUUAUGGUGGGCAGCAGGCCUAUGGAAACUAUGGCGCUUACGGCAACUAUGACUACUCUGCUGGAUACUACGGCGGUGGCUAUGGAGGGGGUUACGACUACAACCAGGGCAAUACAAGCUAUGGGAAAACUCCAAGACGUGGAGGUCACCAGGGUAGCUACAAGCCAUACUGAUCUCAUGUAGUGCAGGACUCAAGUAAUCCAGAUUUGAGACUGGGGUGCGGCAGUGUGCAGGACUUCAUCCUUUCCUUUGGGAUGACAGACUUGACCUCCACUUGUACAGACCAUCUGAGGAACUGGGGAAGCAAAUGUCACUUUUCCAAGGUUUUUUAUUUUAUCUUUUUUUUUUUUUGUCCACAUUUCCAGAGAUGGAAGUAAUUUUUACUGUACUUUUUGGUACCUUUGAAUCUAAUGUAUUGUAUGGUAUUUUACAUGGCGACUGGAUUUACAUGAGCAUCGAAAGCUGUCGGAGCUUUUAAAAUAAAGCAAUUGUGAGUAAUUUUUUUCUGGUUUCUAGAUUACUUUAUUUUCUGACUCUGCAAGUUGGCAACAGAACUUUCAACAAGGAAUUCGGUGUAGGGUUGGCGAUCAUGUAAAAAAAGGGAUUUAUCAUUUAUCUGAUCCCCCCCCCAUUUAAGAUUUGUCUCUAGAGAAUGUCUGCUUGUAAAUGGAAGCAACCAAUAUAUUUUGGAUUCAUUUUUAAUUUUGACCUGUGUUAAGUGGCAUUUACACCUAGUUUUAUGCUUAAAAUAUUGCAGGGGGGGUUGCAGCCCCCUGGAAUUACAUUCCACCAGUGUCUUUGGCAAAUUGUUAGAAAUAAACAUUUUCGUUUAUA